CGCCAUCGUCAUCGACGAUCACUUCCGCCUCCUCGAUCACACGUCUCGUCACCCUAUGGAUCAAUCAGUGCAUGAUUUUGAUAUCGCUUGCAGUGCAAGCCAGCGCAUACACUGGCCAUGGUACAAAAUGCUCCACGCGUGUAGUAAUGUCCUUCUUCGACUGCAGAUUUUGAACCGUAUUCGAGGAAAUCGUCGUGGGCGUGACCUUAACCUCUCGGUUUCUGUGUUUGAUUAGCUCACGCCUCCGUCACCUUGCAGUCUUUUGCGGUGGAUGCGUCAGGAGCAGAUGUCGACUUGCUGAGUUCAUGAAACGCUGUAAAUUGAUACCACGCUUUGAGGGAUUUGAGUCCGUGCGUCUGUGUCUGAGAAGGUUGUGGAGAAGUGCUGGAACUUGAGGUCUUUUGAUUUGCGUUUAGUGCUGGACGACCUCGGGAUUGGCCAUGGACGGGGAGGACAGUAAUGUUGGUGCUGUGAACGUGAAGAAGGAUGUGAGUCUGUUGUUUGAGCCGUUGGUGCAGCGACAAGGCCCGGGAGAGGAGACGGAGUUUGAGUGGAGUGCGGUGCUUUUGCCCUUCCUCUUCCCUGCAGUUGGAGGUUUGCUCUUCGGUUACGACAUUGGCGCCACCUCGGGAGCAGCCGUGUCCAUCGUUUCGCCGGAGUUGAGCGGCACGGAUUGGUAUAACCUGUCCUCAAUUCAGAUAGGGUUGGUUGUCAGUGGGUCGCUCUAUGGCGCCCUCUUGGGGUCCGUUGUCGCGUUCAACAUUGCUGAUUUCCUUGGGCGUCGAAAGGAGCUCAUGGUUGCGUCGCUACUUUACAUCUUCGGGAGCUUGAUCACGGGGUUCGCACCGAGCUUUGCGAUUUUGGUGAUAGGGAGGAUAAUUUUUGGCCUCGGGAUAGGAUUGACCAUGCAUGCGGCGCCCAUGUACAUCGCCGAAACUUCACCCAGCCAGAUUCGGGGAACUCUAAUCUCUCUCAAGGAAGCUUUCAUAGUAUGUGGAAUUUUACUAGGGUAUUUGGUUGGCAACAACCAAGUUGAUGCCGUAGGCGGGUGGAGAGUUAUGUACGGUUUUGCUUCUCCAAUUGGACUGCUGAUGGGCAUCGGCAUGUGGUGGUUGCCGCCAUCUCCGAGAUGGCUUCUCCUUCAAGCAGUUCAAGGUAAGGGUAACGAAAGAACACUAAAACAAGACGCAGCCUGCGCGCUUCAAAGGCUCCGAGGGCAAUCAUGCAGCCUGGAAUCGGCGGAAGAGGAAUCAGAGAAGCAAUGGUCUGCCCUCACAACUGCAUGUGAAGGAGAAGAUGUGAAUGUUUCCUUCAAAGAUUUGUUCCAAGGAGUUAACCUAAAAGCUCUGUCAGUUGGAGGAGGGCUCGUCUUCUUUCAGCAAUUCACUGGCCAGCCCAGCGUUCUCUACUACGCGGCCACCAUUUUGCAGACUGCAGGCUUCUCCGUUGCAUCCGAUGCCACCAAGCUGGCUGUCUUGUUAGGGAUUUUCAAGCUUAUCAUGACCGCUCUUGCGGUGCUCAACGUCGACAAGCUGGGACGACGUCCUUUACUCCUUGGUGGAGUAACUGGCAUCACUUUGAGCCUAGUCACUCUUGCUGCAUACUUCUCUUUUCUAAAAGAUUAUCCAUAUCUUGCCGUAGGCUCCCUGCUUCUUUACGUUGGCUGCUACCAGAUCUCUUUCGGCCCUAUCUCCUGGCUCGUGGUGUCUGAGGUCUUCCCGCUUCGCACACGAGGCCGAGCUCUCAGCAUGACCACGCUCAUAAACUUUGGAUCAAAUGCUGUGGUCGCAUUAGCGUUUGCUCCUCUCCAAGACCUCGUCGGUGAAUCCUACACAUUUGUGAUCUUCGGCAUCGUUAGCUUGUUCGCCCUCGUUUUCAUUUUUACGAGUGUUCCGGAGACAAAAGGCUUAACUCUAGAGCAGAUCACAGCCAAGCUGGAGAGCAAGUAGAAACCGAAAGGAUACAACUAUGAAAGAGACUUAUGAUUUUGCUAAAGAGAGGGACCUGUGAUUGAAAUCUUUGGGGUAAAUGUUUUUCAUAAGAAGGGAUCUCGGUAUUAUCCUGUACAGUUCAAGAACGACUUCCCAGAAUUCUUAACCUGCAUAUAAAUAUUAAAUUUGAGGCACCUCCAAUACACGUUCAACUUGCAAAACAAAUAUCUAACUUGCAAGACAAGUUUCCUACAUGUACGCUGUCUUGUUGUAGUACGAGUAUACCAUGAAAAUAUAAAGAAAGGGGACUUU